CAAAAAGGGCGUUCAAAACUACAGCAAAGCAAAGGUUGUGACCUUUGCCCUGGGACGCCACAUCCAGGACGCCAUAAUAUUUUCAUCGACAGUUUGGGGAUCUCUGAUCAUUUAUCAGCGUUUAUCGUAAUUCGAGGAUACAUAUUGUUGUCUGCGUCGGUAGGAAUGGCCCACACCAUACUGUUGGUGCAGCCAACUGGCAGGCCAGAGUCCCGAACAUACUCAGACUAUGAAACAGUGACAGAAUGUAUGGAGGGCGUGUGUAAGAUAUUUGAGGAACACCUGAAGAGGGUAAACCCAACCAGUCCCUCCAUCACAUAUGACAUCAGUCAACUGUUUGACUUCAUUGAUCAGCUAGCAGACCUCAGUUGUCUUGUGUUUCAAAAAUCAACAAACACCUAUGCACCCCAUGACAAAGACUGGAUCAAAGAAAAGAUCUACAUCUUACUGAGAAAACAGGCUGAACAGGCAAGGAUGGACUGACGCUGAAGUCAUCUUCCCAGGGCAUUUUAUCUUUCAUACAAGGGAUUUCCAAAGGAACAGUGAUGUUAGUCAUCAGACUUGGGAAUAAGUGAAGAAAAACAAUGAUACAAAGAUGAAACUUAGUUUUGUUACUCAGGUUGUUUUCCAAAUACUUUAUGUCUUCAGUCCCUAGAAUUUUGUGAGGUACUGUUAAGGGUCUAUAGUACUCUAUACCUCAAAAAUAUUUUGAAACAUGUUGGAGUUAUAGCAGCGCAGCAUGAAUUUUAAAAGAUUCAAAGCAUUCACAGUUUGAAGUCAAUCAAGAGCCAUACUUUUUUCAGGUUUUGACCUGAUAAGCAAUAUUACAAUACAAGGGAGACCUGAGACAGCAAGGUGUAUUGAUGUCCAGUAUUAAAUUGGAUGUGCAGGUAGUGUACACCAUGGGGAAGUAAGCAAAGUAAAGAAUACUCCAACAGAAAGUAGGCAACUAGUGUACCAACUUAUUAUUCCAACUGUAUUAAUGCUUUUGUACUGAAAUCAUUAAACUGUAAAGAAUUGUUUAGGCAUGGUUACAAAUUCGGUUGUAGUUGGCCUUGAUGUUGGUUGUAAAAUUCAUUCAGACCAGAGAUCUUUUUGUGCCCAGUUUAUUUUUUACUCUAGUUUGUAACAUGACUAGAGGAUGUUUAUCAAAUGUUAAGGUUGUAGAAGAUAGAAAGUCAAGUGCAAAAGAGAGAACUUCAUGCCUGGGGUGUCUCUAUAUCAAGUUAUUUUAGAACUGAAGUAACAGGAGUAGUAUGCUGAAUUAGUGAUUAAAUGAUACAAGGUAACUGACAUUAUGUUGGUGUUGAGGGAUUCAAUGUGGGAUAUAUGGGCUUGUAUUUGCCACCAUGUCAUAUAGGGAACAUUGUAGAGAAACAGUUCAGUUAUACUGCAAACCAUGUAAUCAGUGAUUAGGACUAAGAUGUGUAAGUCUUUAUAUGCAUAAAUGGUUCAGUAGGUCUGUGGAAUGAACGAUUUUGAUGUUGAUCAUUGGUUUUCAAAAAAUCUUAGUGAUUAUGCAAAUAUUGCUAACAUAUCUGUGUUACACUGAAUUAGUCAUAAACAGAUCUAUUUGUUGCAGAGAAGGUUUUGGAGCAUUGCUAAAAUGAUAUCUUUUUCAAAGUUUUGUUAUACUGGGUACUUCACUUGUACUUGUUUAUGUAGCCUUUGUUAGCAGUUCAGUUUAGAAAACAUAUUAACCUUAUUCACAAUGUUGUUCAAAGGCACAUUCAUGUGCAACAAGCAUGUUUUUUAAAAUAUUGUUCAUUAAAAUGUAUGAAGUAGAUGA